AGUGUACAGUUUGGAUGGACAGGCGGCAGAUGCAGCCAUGAGGAUUCUUCAAAUUGUGAUACUGACCUUGAUCGUAGCGCAUCCCGAUCAAGUUCUGUCCGCCCGAAAGCGCGGUAAGGACAAAAAAGCGGAUGCCAAGGGAGGUCCUUGCGGGAAACCCUAUCUGAGGCAGCUGAAUGGAAGAUGCUACUACUUCUCCGCUAAGAAGAUGAACUGGUUUGGUGCCCAGAACAAUUGCCUGCGAAAGGGCCUCAAUCUGGCUAAUUUGGGCAGUCCGGAGGACUAUAAAUCGGUGCUCCGCUUCCUGAAUAUGCGGGGCAACAUGGAGGACUAUUGGUUCGGGGGCAACGACCUGCAGGCGGAGGGACGCUUCACCUACAUCAGCAAUGGCCGCAUGGUCCGCUACAUGGGGGAACUGGGCUUGGUGGAGCCGACGCAUCGCUCUAACCUUGACGACUGUCUGGAGGUGAGGCUGCGGGCGAACAGCACCAUGGUCACCGAUGACAACUGCCUGGAGAAGCAGUACUUCGUCUGCGAGAAAUUCGAGCAGAAGUGUGCCACGCCCACGAGCGAUGCGGUGGACAACACGCAGCACAGCCACGAGCACUUGCAUCACUUCCACCACGACCCAGCAAAAGGAGAGAAGAGGGAAGAGGGAGGGAGCGUUCAGGAAGGUAUGGAAAGCGAUUCGCGGCCGGUUGAUAAUACGAAUUCAGCGGAGGUUGGGGAAACGAGCCUUGAGGCACCGCAGGCGCUGGAGGAGCCAGCAGCGCAGGAGCCAGGAAAAGAGCCAGGGACAGGGACAGAGCCAGAGGCAGAGUCAGGGGCAGAGCCAGAGGCAGAGCCAGAG